AUGAAUGCGUUGGGGAGCGAGAUGAGCCGGGAGGGGGAGCGAGCAGGGAGAAACGAGAACGAGAUUGGUGGCAGUUACCCCUGGACCUGUUUCCGUAUUUCUGUCAUUGACGACCCAUCACUACUGAAAUCUGAAACAUUGUGGAUAUUCAGAAAAGGUGCAGCUCAUGGAUUAUUGGAAAAUCCUCGUAACAUACUUGAAACUUUGACAAAGAUGAAUGGUCGAUGA